CGAGCUUCCCACAAAACAGGGCUAUGUGCGAGGAGAAAGUGCACCAGUGCGGGGACAGCCAGCCUAGGGGGCACUUCCGAGCAGGCGGAGAGAUUCCAAGGGCUGGGAAACGAGAGACAAAGAGAAGGGAGGACAUGAGCGAAGGCGAAGGGGGAGAGCAGGGGAUCAGCUGAGUUAAAUCCCGCAAGGAAAGCCCUUCCCCUCCGGCGUAUCCCUAAGAAGCGCAGGGACAGGUUCCCCCCACAACCUCCCCCUUUGGGCAAGAAGACAAAGAACGGAGUGGCCCCAUGGGGAAAGGGGGAGAGCAAGGGGGGGAUUCGGGGGACCCGGGGGCGCAGAUCCGCUUCUACACCUGGGAGGAGAUCCAGAAGCACAACCUGAGGACGGACAAGUGGCUGGUGAUAGAGCGAAAGGUUUAUAAUAUCACCAAGUGGGCAAAAAGACACCCGGGGGGUCAGCGAGUGAUCAGCCACUGCGCCGGCGAAGAUGCCACGGAUGCAUUUCAGGCUUUCCAUAUCAAUCCCACCUUGGUGCAAAAGUUUCUCAAGCCAUUGCUUAUUGGAGAACUUGCUCCAGGGGAGCCCAGCCAGGACCGAGGUAAAAAUUCCCAGUUGGUGGAGGAUUUCCGGGCCCUGAGGAAGACUGCAGAGGACAUGAACUUGUUCAGAGCAAGUCCUUUGUUCUUCUCUCUUUACUUGGGCCACAUAAUUGCAAUGGAAGUGUUGGCCUGGCUGAUGGUUUCAUACUUUGGUACUGGCUGGAUCACAACCCUCAUCCUGGCCUGCAUCCUUACGACUUCCCAGGCCCAGGCAGGGUGGCUGCAACAUGAUUUUGGACACCUGUCUGUCUUUAAAAAAUCUUCCUGGAACCACAUUGUCCACAAGUUUGUCAUUGGACACCUGAAGGGUGCCUCUGCAAACUGGUGGAACCACCGUCACUUCCAACACCACGCCAAGCCCAACAUAUUCAAGAAGGACCCAGAUGUGAACAUGCUGCAUGUUUUUGUCCUUGGAGAUACACAGCCUGUUGAGUACGGCAAGAAGAAGCUGAAGUACCUGCCUUAUAACCACCAGCACGAGUACUUCUUCUUCAUCUUCCCACCUCUGCUCAUCCCUGUGUAUUUCCAAAUCCAAAUCAUCUCGACCAUGAUCAGACACAGGUUCUGGGCGGACCUAGCCUGGGCCAUCAGCUACUAUCUGCGCUAUUUCAUCACAUACAUCCCAUUCUACGGCCUCCUGGGAUCCCUGUGUCUCCUCACGUUUGUCAGGUUUCUGGAGAGUCACUGGUUCGUGUGGGUCACCCAGAUGAAUCACAUUCCAAUGGAAAUUGAUUCCGAGAAGCACAGAGACUGGCUGAGCUCUCAGAUGGCAGCCACCUGCAACAUUGAGCAGUCCUUCUUCAACGACUGGUUCACCGGGCACCUGAAUUUCCAAAUCGAGCACCACCUGUUUCCAACAAUGCCACGGCACAAUUUCUGGAAGGUGAAGCCUUUGGUGAAGUCAUUAUGUGCCAAGUAUGGAGUCCAAUAUGAGGAGAAGCCUCUUGGGAAAGCAUUCGUAGACAUUGUUGGGUCCCUAAAGAAAUCUGGUGACCUCUGGCUGGAUGCUUAUCUCCAUAAGUGAACAUGAGUCUUACUGGGGAGGUGUGAGUGACCGGGAGGGAUGGGAGGGAGCGGGGGGGAAUCACACUUGUGUCUUUUACUCUCAGAUCUCAGUCUGUAUCUACACACAUGGUUGGAGGGGACUUUCUUGUCUUGUCAGCUGCUUCUGGUGCAGGCUCAGGCCACUUGUUGAACCCAGACAGAUUUAAAAUGUGCUUCAGAGGAUGAAAAGUGAUGCCAGUAUUGCAUGAAACAGAAGGUUGGGAGAGGAUGAUGAGGAAUGUUUAAAAAAGGGGCAUUAAUAUCCGACCUUGACCUUCUUUUUCGCAAGAUCCAUUCUAAUUCUGCCUAAACCACACAAGCCCUGAUUCACACAUGAGUUUUUAGGCCUCAGAGAGUGUUUGCAAUCUGAGGACACCCCAGUCAGCUCAUGCCUCUUUCCCAUGUUUGUGUAAAAGAGGAAUUACCUCCCACAGGACCGGCAGGUGCUGGACUGUGCUGGGGCUUCCAGCCCCGCCCAGAACCCAGCUCCCUCCUUUCCCUCCCUCCUUUCCUUCUCUAAUUAUAGCAUCCCUUUAGCCCAAGCUGUGACACUGACCCUGCACAACUAACCCCUAACCGUAUUUUUAGCAUCAGCCUCUAUUUCCAGGGGUCUGUAGAAGAUUUUUAGGCUUAAACAGCCCAAACUCUCCUUUAGGAGAAGGUCUGUUUUCUCUUUAAUGAGCAGUAGGUCUGGCAGAGCAUUAUGGCUGUCAGGAAAUGACACAAAAGACCAAAACAAGUCACAUAAGCAAAACUUGCUAAUUGCUCAUCAGUGCCCCAGAGGACCCACAAAUGGUCUUUUCACCAUCCUGGGCUGCAGAAGCACAGGGUUCUGCCUGUCUGCACAUGCCUGGCAGGCACCAAAGUGCUUGUCAGAGGCCAGGAGCCAUGGCACUGUUCACUCUUCCCUUGGGAACAAGCAGAGAUGAAAAGGAGUUCUCCCUGUGAAAGGACGAGCUGCACAAACAUUCAAUCCCAACCCUUCUGGAAUCAGGACUGACCGGGCUGUGCUCAUAAUCUGAAACCUUCUGGAGAACCCUCUCUCCCAGGUUGUCUAAAACUCAGUUUUCUGCUCAACACCUAAUUACCAAAAUCCACUGAUGGUUUAUCAGGAGAUGUGGUUGAACAGCUGCUUCUGUAACAGGCAACCUGAUCCCAGAUAAAUCAAGGGCUUUAGAUCAGGUGUAAUCCAACAGAAAGGACACACCUUUUGGGUUAUGACAAAGGGCCAUGGUUUCAAAAGCGGCCUCCAGCUCCCAGAGCCAUCUCAGUGCUCACUGGAAACACACAGGAGGGAGACUCUGGUUACUGUUCAUGCCUCAUUACUUCCCUCAGCUCUGAAACUGGAUCUUCUCUAUCAAAUCCUUGAAUUACAACAGCAUCCCACAGAACCAGCAAGGUGCUUCAUGAGCAGAGACAACUCUGGCCAGUGUUUCAAAAAAAAAAAAAAAUGUACUCCCACCCCGCUGCCUUCUUUGGAAAAUAAAAUGAGAUUCUAUCUUUGCUUACAGAUGGGAAAUUCAGCAUUGGGAUUGCAACUUGAGCUACCUAACAGUACUUAGAGUUUGUAAAGGGCUUGUUCUGGUGUUCUUGGCCACCUGAAUAUCACCAGGAAUGUUUAGGAUGAAAAACUUCUGUCUCCAGGGCACCUGAAGCUCAAACAGACUUGGAGCAAACUGAUUUCUAAUAUCGUAAACAACAACAUCCUUCUGAGUGCUGUAAUUUCCCAGACAGGUAGUAGCAAGCUAGUCUGGAAUCGUGGCUAACCUCAUUAAAACUGCCUUAAUAUGUGCAUCCCUUCCUGACUCUUUGAAUGUAUCUCCCUGUCUGUGCCACCACAAGCCCACAGUUGGAUCAGCAGUGCAAGCUUUGAAAUAUUCAUCUUAUUCUUCUGACAGCCCACAUUUUUUGUCACCCCUCCAGUUCUUAUUUCCAGAGCAAAUAUUUUCCUCCUUAGCCCUGUUCCCUCUUCUCUUCUUGGGAAACUGUUUGCUUUGUAGCACCUAUAGAAACUGCUCAAAGCUUGGCCUAGGUAAAUAGUUCUGCUUUAGCAGCUUGGCUUUCAUGGGGGCCACUGAUCAGUUGACUGGAAGAACUGGUUUUCUGCUAAAAACUCAACACAAGAGCCUGGUCUGGCCUAACAGGAGGCAGCAGCUGAUGGUGGUGGUGGCUAAAGGAACUUGAAAGAUUCAAGGAGAGCAAUGAUCUGCAGAAGGAAAGACCAGCUCUCAGGCAACGUUUUUUCCCCAAAACCUUGGUAAAAGGGAAGAAGGGAGGACAGGAUUGAUCUUGAGAUUCAGCCUCAUGAAAAAUUCCUUUUCAUGAAAAAAAAAAGUUCAGUUGCUCAAAUCCAGAAAUAAAACCUGUGCACUGGUGGAGUCAGAGCUGAUUUCCAAGUGUCAUGGAUGGGCCUCGCUCUUGCAAAAGAAAAAGGUCUGUUCUCAAAAAAACAGGGCACCAGCCCUCUGUAAAUAGCUGGGCAUUUAUCUUCUUAAUUGAUUUUUUAUGUGCUAGAAGUUUGUCUGCUGAAAAUACAAGAUACUGGUAAUUUUAUUCAGGCAAAGCCUCUCUGGCUCAUAUGAUUUUUUUCCCCUCCCUCCAAAAAAUCCAGCGCUCUGUGUUGGAAUUCAAGGUAUUUCUUAAGUGCCUUGAUGCCUUGUUGACUCCCCAUCCCUGGAAGUGUUCUAGGCCAGGUUGGACAGGGCUUGGAGCAACCUGUUCCUGUGGAAAGUGUCCCUGCCCACAGCAGGGGGUCAGAACUGGAUGAUAUUUAAGAUCCUUUCCAACCCAAACCUUUCUGGGAUUCUAUAAAUUCUUCAUCCUUUAACUAGAGCAGGUCAAACAGAUCCCUGACAAAGAGCCCUGGAAGUCUGGCUCAGUUUGUUUUAUUAUCAGUGUAAGUAGCAUCAAAAUAAAAUUAGGCUUACAGGAGAUAUUCCAGAAGUUUCAGUAGAACUGCAAACAUAGAUGGAUAUAAACUUCACAUCAUGAGCUUGCUUGGCAUUGUCUCUGUCUCCUAGGCAAAACCUAGGCAAAAGGCAGCAACCAGUCAGACACAAACAUCCCUUGCAGGUUAAAAUUUGCCAUUAAAAUGACUGAAACCCAGAAUUUAAACAGAGUUUUGCCCGGAUUUCUGAGGACUCUAACUCGUUUCUCUGAAAAUAAUGAAGUGAAGUUUUGUUCGCUUUCUCUCUUGAUAAAGGUCGUUCAUUUGCACUGUAAUGACAGACAAACAUGGAAAAAAAAAUCAGUAAGACAUGCUGGGAGCCUGCCAGGGGUUAUUGAACCCAGCUGCACCACAUCACUGGCACAUGGCAACGGGGAGAGGCCACGAGCUGGAAACACAAAGCUGGUUUCAGGGCAGAUAAUCGAGGGAAGGGCUGGAUUUGCUUCUCCUCACACACUUCUUAGUGGGGACUGGAGUAGGAGAAGAUGGAAGCCCAGGAAGGUUAAGGAAAGUUGGCAGGGAAUGGCAUAAACUGCAGCAAAGAGAAGCCUCUGGGCAGGAGAGAGAUGGGCAUGUGCUUUUUGAGGACAAGGACAGGGAUGGGAGAAAUUUGGGAAGGUAAGGGGCUGGGGAGGGAUGCAUGAGUGGGAGGAAAAUCGCCAAGGGGGUGAAAGGAGAGAAGAAAAAGCAACUUGGAAUCAGGUGUCCCAUGUUCUCCCAACUCCAGGUGUCUGCCUGGAGAACUGUGCUGGAGAAGGAGACAAGGCAGGGCAGAGCUUGGGCUCAGAGGAGAGACAGGGGCUGGUGACAUCCCUAAACACCUCAUGGUGAGCUGGAUCUCACAAUGAGCUCCCCCCACCCAGCUCUGAGAGCAGGGACUGACUAGAAAUGGGAAUUAAGGGACUUGCACUGAGGUUUUCCUUUUAAGCAUGGAUUUGAGGAAUCUAGAUCCCAACUGCUCACUGAAAUAGGGCUUGGGAGGCUCAGAGCCUCAUCCGGACCCAUCUCCAGGCACCAUCUGGGCACUCUGGCUGGAUUUGAGGUCUUUGUUAGGGCAAAGACAUCCUUUUCCUUCUGUCACAAGCUGCCAUGUCCUAGCCAUGGCCUCUCCUAGUAGAUGCUUUCCUAAGAAAGCCUUCCUAACAAAGCCCUAACAUUCCCAAUGUUAAAAGAGCAAACUCACAUUCCUUAUUAGGACAGGUCCUGAUUUUUUCAUUAUUUAAAAAUAAAGUAUUUCAGUAACUCAAAAAGAACAAUUUUUUCUUGUGUACUCUGCAACUCAAUAAAAUCAUAACUAUUUGUUGACCAUAAAAA